CUUUCAUUACGCUUGCCACAAAACGAUAGUUGUAUGUAUUCUUGUUUACGAAGACAUUGAGCAGCAACCCUACUGUGUAAAAAAAGGAUCACCAAAAUAUCUAAAUAUUUUGUGGUGAUUUAAAUUAGUGUCGCUGUAUGUUCUGGCCGAUUGCGAGUUCAUUUAUGCCCAUAAAAUUGUUUCAUUUGAUAUAUUUGUAUUAAUUUUUCUUUAUCAGUCUCUGUCUGCUCAGAAUAAACCUUUGGUCGUUUCUUUUUGCCGACGUGUGUAAACCUCCACAAUCCGGUUAUCAGCACCAGGCUUACAUGACAAGUACCAUGGCCGCAAACGUAGACGGACAAACUUGUAUGCACUUAAUCAAUCACUUUGAUGUCGCCAAGUACCGACCUCCUUUCCAGUACGCUAUGGGAACUAAAAUCGGGCAGGGAGGUUUAAGCCGCGGAGUAUUUCAAGCCACCUCUAAAACCGAUAGAACCGUGUACGCCGUUAAAUGCAUUGCACUAGGCAGCGCCUGCAACGACCGCAUCCUAAAGCAGGGCAUCAAGGAAUUCAAGUCAAUUUUACGACUCAACCAGAAAGCCCAUGAGAAUGUCCUUAACUAUUUUUAUGUGGACAUUGUCUAUUUUGACAGCUUUCCCGAGCUACGAGUUCUAAUGGAGUGCUGCCAAGGCGGUAAUUUAAAUCAGAAAAACCAACAAUUAAGCCUGCAGCGCAAACGCUACAAGCAGGCGGAUAUCGUUGAAGAUUUUCGAGGAAUUCUGAAGGGACUUUGUUAUCUCCACAAAAAUAAAAUACUCCAUCGCGACUUGAAAGGGCAAAAUAUAUUAUUCUCCACGUAUGGAACAGUAAAAAUUGCCGAUUUUGGAUCGAUGGUAGAGCUGGCCGCUUCCACGACGGCUACGUAUGAAGUGCAAGGUGGAGACGGAACGAUAACUUAUAUGCCGCCUGAAGCAUUCCGCCGUGAGUUUGGUAGCAUCGGCCGAGCAUAUGAUAUCUGGUCGCUCGGGUGUGUCCUACUGGAGAUGCUGCAGGGACAUCCUCCUCGCUUUUGUCGUCUGGAAACUAGCGGCAAUUUAGCACAUCUCUUGCGACCCGUCGAAAUACAAGCCGCACUCAUGGCCGGCGAGAAACCGUGGUACGAAAAAAAAUUCGGGAGGAAGAACUGUAACGAUGACAAGCUGUUCUUGAAGGCCGCCGAAGAUUUUCUAAGCCAGUGCUUACGACCACAUGCCAAUGAGCGACCAAAAGCAAAGCAUUUGCUGAGUCAUCAACUGGUAAUAAUUAAGGCAGCAGCGGCUGCAGCGCUAUCACCGGAAGAGCCGACUUAUAUUGGCAUAGGAAAUUCACCAACACCAUUUCACACUCACAGAAUUAUGCAGAACAAUCUUAUGCUAGCGGGUGCUGCUGCUAUGAAUCGUUCACUCAUGUUUAGGUGAAUGUUAUGCCAAUGAGGCGAAAUGCGGCUUUGCAAAGCGUCGAACACAAAUUCGCCAGGCACCCAGUGCCAAUGAGGAUUCUACAGCCUUAUCUUAACAGUAAUCACUGCCAGCUGUAAGCGCGUUUCCUAUUUUUUUCAAUAUUAAAGCUUUCUUUUUCUUUUUUCUACUGUACUUCAUUUGUAAAGUAGCAUUACACUGCCACACAAGAUCCGUUAAGCUAUUUGAAUUUAUUUUCGAUCAUCUUGGAGCAUCAGAUAACUACUGUUCACUUUUGCUGUACUCGUUACAAUAAGGGUCGUUGUAGUUCUUUGCAUGAAAGUUCAGGCAACAAGCAUGGUUCAUGCGUGUCUGGUCUUUUUUUGCGUUUUUACCAACAGCAGUAAAGCAUCCAAUACGUUUAA